UGUACACAUGAAAGGUUCACAAAUGCGUCCAAUGAGUAUGUUAAUAGAUAAAUCUAGUUUUGAUAAUCGAUUUUACAUAUACUGGCAUUUAAUGACGAAAAUAAUAAAUGCUUGUACAAUUUUAAUUGAAAAGUAUCAAUGUAAAUCAACAAAGAUUGAACAUGGCAGAUGUCACCACUACCUGUAUGUCGUUAGCUCUGUACAAAUAUAUGUGUCAAAAUAUAGUUGGAUCAGAAGAGUAUGUAAGGACAAUAAGAAUCUUGAUAAAUGUUCGGGACAAUUUAACAACCAACGAUUCGAACGUCGUUAUUACCGGUGGAAGUUUUGGAGAGGGUCUUGAUCUACAUGGAGGAGAUAUAGAUAUCGUACAAGCGCAAACAUAUAUCGAUGUUUCUGAAGAAAGAAAAUUCGCUUUUGACUUUUGUAAAACAUAUUUCAAAAUGGAAACUGAAACAAUACACCCAGGCUAUACUAUGCUAUUGCUUUUAUUUUCUAACAAUAGGAACGCAUUUCAACACUGUAAGGAGUUAAAUGGAAAGUAUUACUUUUCAAACGCACUUUUUAAACAGGUGUUUUUAGACAGUAAAAACGGUGUUGACAUUAUUCACGGACCUUGUCUUUCGACUAAAGAGGGAGACUACGAUUUUGCAUACGCAUUGCAUAGUAAAUUAUGGAUAUCUGCUGCAGAAAACUGGAUAACAAGAUCGAAAAACUUAUGGCCAAGUUAUGAGGUCAAGCAGAGUAUUGUAAAACAUGGUGUAUUGUUUGUACCAGUAGGUUAUAAGCGAUCACCAAGAGAAGAACUUCAAUGGAGGAUAUCCUUCAAUGUGGGCGAGAGACUAUUAAUUUAUACCUUUGAACAUACACAACUGUUGUGCUAUUGUCUUAUGAAAAUUCUUCUGAAAGACGUAAUAAAUGAACACAUAGACGUAGAAUAUCAUGAAUUACUCUGCUCUUAUAUCCUAAAAACUCUUGUUUUCUGGAUCUCUGAGGAAAUGAAACCAUCCAUAUGGAAACCUACAAACCUAAUAUCUUGUUUUAUGGGAUGUUUUAAAAGACUGAUUUAUUAUGUUGAAUUUUCAGUUUGUCCACAUUACUUUAUUCCACAAAACGAUUUAUUUGAGAAUAGGGUCAAAGGGCGUGCACGUGAGGUUUUGUUAAAUGCACUACGUUCACUUUAUAGACAUGGAUGGCGAUGUUUCAAAUUUUCAGAAAAAAUAUUUUGUUUGCAAGUCCGAAGAUUUUACACUGAACCUUGUAUCAAAUAUUUAGAAAGAAUAAAAUUAAAUUUUUCUAAAUUAAUUCGAACAGACGCUGCCUUGCUCAACUCAUAUAAUCACUUACAAAAAGCUUUUACUGGAAUGCAUCUGUUCCUUUCCUAUAAAAAUCCGAAAAUAAUGUAUCUUUAUAUAUACAGCAUGUCGAUGAUAUGUUCACAGAAAGCUCAAUCGAUACGAUUAACUGGGGCGUAUGGCAACAAAAACUGCUACUUGAAAUACAAAGCCUGCCAGUAUGAUUUGAUGCAGAAUAUUUACCAUGAUGCAGCAUCUGGUUGGCUUUUGAUAGCGUCAUUUUUCUAUAGGACACAUCAAUACAAUAGAGCAAUCGAUAUCAUAUCGAACUAUGUGAACUGUAAGCUAUAUCCAAAUUCAGAAAUGUUACACACAUUUAUUCGAUUGUGCAGUGUAAAAUCAUUCCAAAAGAGAUUAUUACCGCUUUUGAAAAUAGAGCGAUGUGAUUUUGUGCGGUUUCAAUCAAAGUCAACGCUUAUACCUCAGGAACUACAAAUGGAAGUAGAAGACAUGUCACAUCAUUUUCCAGAACGUCAUGAUUCUCUAAGAGAUCUUCAAAGAAAUAUAAAGAAAUCAGACCGUAUAGAAACUCUAACGGCAAAAGCUAUCUCGUACAUUUGCCUUGGAAUAGCAUUUCAGCUUGAUGGAGAUAAAGAUUCAGCUAGGAGUGCCUUUCAGCAGGCGUAUAAAUUUGAAUCGUUUGGUGUAAAGAAAAUUGCCCAAAAAAGACUCUCGCUGAUAAAGUAA